AAGAAAAUGGCGACUAUUCUCGGGUGGUGUGAUAAGUGGUUUCGUCGUGUAUUUUAAUUGUAUACGAAAAGUGUGGAAUCUUCAAAAUGUCUGAGCCUGGGAGCUCAACAUCUUCGCCCUCAUCUAUUGAAUCAGAAUUGUGUUUUCUAAUAGCCCGGUUUUUAUCAAAUGGCCCAUGUCAAAGGACAGCAAAGGUGUUUCUCGAUGAAUUGCAGGAAAACAAGCUUUUACCUAAAAGAGUGGAUUGGGAAGGCCGCGAACAUUUCAGAAGUUAUAAUAACUUGAUUGAGAUAAAUCCACACAUAUCAUCUGAUUAUUUACUGAAGAUUUGUCAGAGAUUAGGACCUCUAGUUGAUAAAGAAGUGAAACCAUGUAUAACUGGUGUACGCUCCUUAUUAGGGGCAGGUCAGAUGUCCCUUUUAAGGACCAUAGAAGAUUUGAAGGAAACCAAGUGGACACCAUCUCAGCAUAUUGUAUUAUCUCAUGGAAACCCAGUAUUACCACCAGCAAAUUUAGCGCUACCAAAUAUAUGUCAUGUAUUGAGAGCUCAAGAAUUAAGUGGUAAAAGUCGAAAGGAUACACUAUUCCCCAGUCCAUUAUUUAGUAAACUUGUAUUACAUGAUAGAAAGUUAGGUCAUUUAUCAGCUGUAUACUGUAUUGCCUUUGAUCGUACUGGACGUCAUAUAUUUACGGGUGCUGAUGAUCAUCUUGUUAAAAUAUGGAGUGUAGAAGAUGGCCGUCUGCUAGCAACAUUCAGAGGGCAUUCAGCAGAAAUAACAGACAUGGCAGUUAAUUAUGAAAAUACAUUAUUAGCAGCUGGUAGUUGUGAUAAAAUGAUAAGAGUCUGGUGUUUAAAAACUAAGUCACCAGUAGCUAUUUUACAUGGUCAUACUGGUAUGAUCACAUCUGUUCAGUUUUGUCCUCAAUCAAAGGGAGACAACAGAAUUUUGUUGUCAACAGGAGCUGAUGGUUGUGUCUGUUUCUGGACUUGGAACAUAUCAACUAAUAAAUUCAAUUCUAAACCUAUCAAAUUUGUUGAACGGUCAAGAGCUGGAGCACGGAUGUUGUGUUCAUCAUUUUCACCAGGUGGUAUGUUUUUAGCUACUGGUAAUUCUGAUCAUGUCAUCCGUGUCUACUUUCUACAUAGUUCAUGUCCUGAAAAAAUCUGUGAGCUUGAAGUACACAAGGACCGUGUCGACAGUAUAGCUUACAGUAAUCAUAGUAUUAACUUUGUUAGCGGAAGUCAAGAUGGAACAGCUCGAAUCUGGCGCUAUGAAAGACAAGAAUGGAGAGCUAUGGUUCUAAAUAUGAAUUCACCAAGAAAAGAUACAGUAGCAACACCAACAUCUACACCAUGUAGUAAUAGUAAUCUAGAAGUACCAUGUGUAACAAUGGUGUGUUGGAGUAAGAAUGAUCUGCAGGUUGUAACAGCUGUUAGUGACUGUUCACUUAAAGUAUGGGAUUCACAUUCUGGAAAUCUUCUACAUAUAUUAAAGGGACAUGAUGAUGAAGUUUUUGUACUAGAAUCAAAUCCAAUAGCACCUCAUAUAUUUCUCAGUGCUGGUCAUGAUGGUAAAGUUAUUAUAUGGGAUAUCUUAAAAGGACACAAAAUUAAAAGUUUCUUCAAUAUGAUUGAAGGUCAGGGUCAUGGAGCAGUAUUUGAUUGUAAGUUUUCACCAGAUGGUCUUAGAAUAGCAGCUACAGAUUCACAUGGUCACCUUCUUGUCUUUGGUUUUGGUGAUGGAUAUAAAUUUAAAAAGGUUCCACAAGAACUUUUUUUCCACACUGAUUAUCGUCCUUUAAUCAGAGAUACCAACAGUUAUGUAUUAGAUGAGCAGACACAGCAAGCACCUCACUUAAUGCCUCCACCAUUCUUAGUAGAUAUUGAUGGUAACCCAUACCCACCAUAUUUACAACGACUAGUACCCGGUAGAGAAGAAUGUGCAGCAGAUCAACUUGUACCUCAUGUAGCUUAUAAUGAAGAUGGGCUAUCUCAGGUUAUUGGAGAAGAAGAACCAGUGCCAGAAAAUGUAUUUGUAGAACAUGGUGGUGGUGCCCUUCCUCCCACAGAACAACCUGCUGCUGAUGUAGCUGCUGCUUCUGUUGGAAGUCAUGGAGAAAGACAGAGUAUUGAUGCUAUGAUAGAAAAUCUACAAAGAGAACAGGAUCAGCGAGUGGCUAGAGCUGGGGGUGAAUCCCUCGCUUCUCCUCCGCCUGCUGGUGGUUCACCUCGUGCAUCUACAUCUAGACAUCAGUCAGGCCAAGGUUUAGUUGGUAUGAGACGCAGUGGAGAAUUAGAAGGUGUUAGACAAUCUUUAGAAAAUGUUUUACAGAGAGCUACACAGAGUGAUAUAGCUGCUUUAAGUCGUCGAAUAUUUGUUCGAGGACUAGAUCCAGAGGUUCUUAGACAAAGUGAAGAAGUGAGACAAGCUUUAGGUGAUGUGGAACAUAAAAAAUUCAUGUCUGAAAGAAAGAAGAAACCUGCAGGGGCUCAUGAUCAUGAUUAUGCAUUACAUCUUGAAAAUCGUAGGAAGGGAGGUAAAAAAUCUAGUAAUGGAAAUCAAGCAGCAGACAAUGAAGAAAUAACUACUAAUAGAUUAACAGCCAGAGCUUUAUAUGAUACAGAGGAUGAGGAAGAACAGAUGGAUUCUGAUUUAUGGGCCAGUGGUAAUGAAAGUGAUUCAAGUGUAUAUUCUGAUUGGAUGGGUGAUAGAGAAACAAACCUACAACCUCCUAAACGUGUGUCAACAAGAACACGCAAGAGGAAAAGAGUAACUUCAUCAGAAGAUGAUAUUGAUGAUGACGAUAACAGUAGGAGCGGUGGUCCCCGUGAAUGUAAACCUAAGAAGAAGAAACCUCCUCCAAAGAAACGACGACAAGCAACACGCCGACCUCAAAUAGAUCAAAGUAUUCAAGAAGUACCUGAAGAGUUCCGUCCACCAGAAUGGCUGACAGAUACAGUUCCUCGUAAAACACCUUAUGUACCACAGAUGGGGGAUGAGGUUAUUUAUUUUCGACAGGGUCAUGAACUCUAUUUGAAGGCUGUUAAAAGAACUAGUGCUUAUGAAAUCAACAUAGAUAAGAAUCAACCAUGGCAUAAAAACCCGAAUCUCAGGGAGCAAGAAUUAGUACGUAUUAUUGGUAUACACUAUGAAAUUCGUCCACCAAGAUUGUGUUGUUUACGUCUGGCAAUUAUUGAACCAGAAUCUGGAAAAGCUUGUGGUGGCAAGUUCUCUAUAAAAUAUCAUGAUAUACCAGAUGUUAUAGAUUUUGUUGUAUUGCGUCAGAAUUAUGAUACAGCCAUGUCAAGACAGUUUAAACAAGGUGAUAGAUUCCGUUCUAUAAUUGAUGAUAUGUGGUGGUUAGGAACCAUUGUAUCUCAGGAACCAUUCCAAGAAGAAUUUCCAGACAGCAUGUAUCAAUGUUUUAAUGUUCUAUGGGAUAAUAAAGAAACAGAAAAACUAAGUCCAUGGGACAUGGAACCAUAUGGCCCAACUAGGUCAACAAGAGUUACAGUAACAACACAUAAUGAAGGAUCACCUAGAGUAUUUGGUGAAGGUAUGCCUGUAUUACCUGAACAACUCAAUGAAUUACUGUACACACCUAAACCUGAGGAAUGGCCACCAUCAGGAAGGGAUGCAGAAUGUGAUAGAAUUGCCCAUGGUUUAGAGAUGUUGAUGGAACAUGCUAUAGCUGAAUAUUUUAGUGCUCCUGUAGAUCUCAGUGCAUUUCCUGUCUAUGCUAUUGUUAUUGAAUAUCCCAUUGAUCUCAGUACCAUAAAAGCUCGACUAGAAAACAGAUUUUAUAGACGUGUAAAUGCUAUACAGUAUGAUGUUAGAUAUCUAGAAACUAAUGCUUGUAAAUUUAAUGAACCAUCCUCGCAGAUUGUUAAAAAUGCCAGAUAUCUUACAGAAACCAUAUUGCGGUUUAUCAGUGAUCCAACAUGUGAAGAUCCAAUGCCAAUAUUAAAUCGGGUAUUACAAGGUGAUAGCAGUGAUGGCGAUGAAGAUGAAGGUACAUCAUCACGAAGACAGCGUCAGAAAAAUUCUGCGAAAAAGAACAAUGCAACUGAUGUAUCUAUUGAUCCUGAUGCCUGGUUAGACAUGUGUCAUCGCCUGCUGGAUACAGUAUUUGCAUGUGAAGAUUCUGGUCCUUUCCGUGCUCCAAUAUCCAUAACAGAUUUCCCCGAUUAUUUUGAUGUAAUUGAUACACCAAUGGAUUUUAGUCUGAUCCGCGACAAGCUCUCCACAGGCCAAUAUGAAAGUCCUGUAGAACUAUGCAAAGAUGCUCGAAUUAUAUUCCAAAAUUCCAAACAAUACAACACAAAUAAACGAUCCCGGAUUUAUACCAUGACGGUACGAUUGUCGGCCAUGUUUGAAGAAAAGGCAAAGGAAAUUAUAGCUAACUGGAAGCAGAACCGUGGUAAAGGUGGUGGUAGUAAUAGGUUAAAAUCACAGAUGACUGAACCAAUAGAUAGUGGACCAUCAUCAUCUCGUAUUCUGCAUCUGCCCGAUAACAGUCAGACACCUAGUUCCAGUCGUCCACGUCGUGCUACUAGAGGUCAUAGUAGUCAUUUAAACGGUUAUGUUAAUGGUUUUACAUUGCAUACCAGUAGUGGUAGAAGAAGGAGUGAUUCCGAUGAUGUAGAUGAAAACUCAGAUGAUACUAGAUCAACCAGAAUUAGAAAAAAUCCAUGUAGAAACAAAUCUGUUAAAGCAUCAACCAAUGGUUACAAAACAAGAGCAUCAACUGGUGCAUUAAAAUCAUCAGUCAAAGUCUAUGAGAGUUCAGACAAUGGUUCAUAUGAAGAUGACGAUGAUUAUGUGAUAGACAAUACUACUGCUGUUACUAUUACAACUACGACUACGACUGCCACUACUAAUAGUUCUGAAAAUAAUUCUAGUGAGGAAAGUUCAUCAUCAUCAUCAUCAUCAUCAUCAUCUAGUAAUGCUAAAUCAAAUGAUACAAAUGACAGCAAACCACAAGUUAGUGCGCGCCGGACAAGAAGAACUGUUCCACAUAAUGUGGACAGUGAUAGUGAUUCAGAACCUCCCAAGUCUCGCUCAUCAAAACGUGUAACAAAGAGGAAGAAAUAUAACAGAUCAGAAUCGGAAAGUGAUGAGGAUGAAAAUCAGUGUCGUUCUAAAUUGACUACACGGACAAAGUAUGAGAGUGAUAGUGAAUGUAACUUAAGUGAUGAGGAUGAUCAGACUGAACCAAACAGGAGAAUUAAAAAACAAAUAAUAGAAAGUGAUAGUGACAGUGAUUAUGAGGAAUCACAACCCAUAUCAAAAAUGAAACCAUCGAGUAGUGCUAAAAAUGUGAAAAAGUCUCAAAACAGUAAAAAAACAAAGUAUAAUAAAAGAAAGAAUAAUAAUUCUUAUGGUGAAGGUAACAGUCGCACAGGUAAAACUCGGACUACACGAUUUCAGGGUCGAAGAACUGUUCAUUAUCCAAAUGAAAGUGGAGAAGAUGGUGGUAAUUCUGAUGAUUCCCAGGAAUCAACUAAUGUUGCCACUGUUAGUAGGAGCAGUCGAGGAAGAUUACGUAAACCAUCUGCUAGAGCUAGAGCAACUUUAAUCUAAACAAUAUUCUGAGUUCCAUUAAGUUGAAGACCAUAUUAUUAUUUAAUAUGUAGUUGCUUCCUUGCCAUUAUUAUUUAAAAACAUAUUGCCUUCAAUUAUUUUGAUGUCAUAAGCAGAUUUUAAUGCUCGAAAAAUGUGUUUGUAAUAUUGUUGCGCCCUUCUUCAGAUUACAUUCAUCAUACAAUCUAUUUAGAAUUUAUAUAUUAUGUAGUUUACAUUAGCAAGACAAAGAAGCCUAUUUGAAUUUCAGCAAUUUCUGUUAAUUGCUUCUAGAGCUAUGGAAAUUGUUCCACUUUGUACAAUUUUGUGAAUGAUCUAACAAUGAAAGUUUUAUCAUGGGAUCUGUAUGAAAUUUAUACACAUUAUGUAUAAAUUGGGCACUCGAAGAGCCCUACUGAAUUUCAACACUUUACCAUUAUUACUUCUAGAUUUAUGGCCCUUGCUUAACUUUGUAUUUCCUUCAGACUGCUCAGAUGACCUACUGUGGGUGUAUGUUUUGUUGCCUGGCAAGCUUUGAAAAUAUGACUAAUAUGAAUUUCUUACAUUUGUGAGAAUAAUUUUGGUAAAAAAAGAUCUCAUAAUUGUCCCCCACCCUCAUAUUCCUGAAGCAAUGGCCCGAGAAAUCCCUCUCUGGCCAUUCUGGAUUGGCUUCUAAUACUUGAGCUUUUGAGGGAGUGUGUCUAUUCUUCCCAUUUAAUCAAAUCUAUCUAGCCCUUCGUUUAAUCUGGGGUCUUGCCUAAAACUUUGGACAGUGAUUUAAGGUAUAAAAAACGGUGAAAGUAUUGUUUGUCUCCAAACAGUAUUGUUUACAUUGUAUCCCUGUUGAUAGCCUCAUUUGUCACGUAAUUAGUUUUUCUGCAAUAUUCUGCUAUGCUCUAUGACGUAACGUUAUGUAAACAUAUCUGGUCCAAUUUGAAGCUCUGUUUAAAGCGUAAAGGUAUUGUUACGCAGUUAGCUAUUGGUUGUUAAUCGGACUAUUGACAAGUCAUAAUUUGGAACAGAAAUUUGCUUCCAUUACAGCAGUGUUAAGUGGGAUUAGCUCUAAUCAAAGGAAACACUGCAAGGAGUGUGCCCCACCCUCAACCUUUCCUAGAAAGCAGGGAACUAUUAAAACUUGCUUAUAUUUGUAAUUGGUUUUGAUGUCUUCAUGUUAUUGUCCCCCGCCUUUCGAAGAAAACAGGGGAUUAUUAAAAUGGGUUCGUCCGUCUGUCUGUCUGUCCGUCACACUUUUUGGGACACAAUAACUCUCUUUCUAAUUGAGCUAGAAUGUUCAAACUUGGUGUAGGUGUUUAUUAGGUCAAUACCUUGAUGGAGUUCGAAGAUGAGCAUUUUCCCUUAGGUAAGCGGAGAUAAGCAAUUUGAUUGGUUGAUGCUUUGGGACACGAUAACUUUAGUUAUAAUUAAGUGAGAGUGAUGAAACUUGGUGUAUAGUUUCAUUACAUCAAUACCAUGACUAAGUUUCGAUAAUGAGCAUUUUCUGCUUAGGGUAAGCAGAGAUAAGCAAUUUGAUUGGUUGAUGCUUUGGGAGACAAUAACUUUAGUUAUAAUUAAGUGAGAGUGAUGAAACUUGGUGUAUAGUUUCAUUACAUCAAUACCUUGACUAAGUUUCGAUAAUGAGCAUUUUCUGCUUAGGGUAAGCAGAGCGAUAAGCAAUUUUAUUGGCCAAGAUUUUGGAACAGAAUAACUCUCCUUCUAAUUGAGCUAGAAUUUUCAAACUUGGUGUAGUUUUUUAUUGGGUCAAUGCCUUGAUGGAGUUCGAAGAUGAGCAUUUUCUGCUUAGGGUAAGCAGAGAUAAGCAAUUUGAUUGGUUGAUGCUUUGGGACACGAUAACUUUAGUUAUAAUUAAGUGAGAGUGAGGACACUUGGUGUAUAGCUUUAUUACAUCAAUACCUUGACUAAGUUCGAUAAUGAACAUUUUCUGCUGAGGGUAAGCAGAGCGAUAAGCAAUUUAAUUGGUUCGUUCUCAAAGAGCGUAAAAAUAUGGUAUAUCAAGGUUGUGGACCCUAUAGAGGUCACAAUUUUUAUCAGAUUUUGUUGAAACUUGAAAUGUAAGUUUAUAACCCAAAGAUCUCGGUUUCUUUUGAAAUUCGUGCAUAUCGGACCGUAACGUCCAGAAUUAUGGCCCCUGAUUGUACGAAAAAUCACGUUUUUAGCUUGUCGACCCUAUAGAGGUCAUAAUGUUUACCCGAUUUAAAAAAAAAACAUUUGAAUAUGUCACCAUUACACCCUAAGGAUAGUUGAGUUCAAAUUUCAUAAAUAUCAGACCAAAACUGACACUUGGUGUAUAGCUUUAUUACAUCAAUACCUUGACUAAGUUCGAUAAUGAACAUUUUCUGCUGAGGGUAAGCAGAGCGAUAAGCAAUUUAAUUGGUCGAGACUUUGGAACACAAUAACUCUCAUUCUAAUUGAGGCAGAAUGUUCAAACUUGGUGUAGGCAUUCAUUAGGUGAAUCCCUUGAUGGAGUUCGAUGAUGAACAUUGUCUGCUUAAGGUAGGCAGAGAUAAGCAAUCUGAUUGGUUGAUGCUUUAGGGGCACGAUAACUUUGGUUAUAAUGAAGUGAGAGCGAUGAAACUCUGAAUAUAGAUUGACUAAGUUCGAUUGUGCGCAUUUAAACCUGAUGUAGAUGUUCAUUAGGUGAAUGUCUUGACUGAUUUCAAUGAUUAAAGUAGCUACAUCUUACACGUUGAAAAUGCGAAUUAUUUGUCAAUUCAAAUUAAGAUUGAUGUUGUGAUCUUACCAGGAAAAGGCAGGCUUCUGAUAUCCAAUAUUUAAGACAAAAUAAAUAUUUUACCAUUGGUACACGAAUCGUGUACCAUAGUGCAUUUUAGCGUUAUUUGCAACAAGUGACCAGAAAGAACGAGGCUAGACAUAUUCAACUGAAGAGCCUGCUGAAUAGACUUGAAUAACCAGAUGCUAAAAUUGCUAUAGGGUUGAGACACAUGCCUUAUUUCGCUGGACAUAACUGAUUUGAAAUUAAGAGUCAAAACGGAAACAAUUGAAUGUAAAUCAGUUUAUAUACAAUGCGUUGCGGCCCAUUUGGGUCAAUUUCAAGGUCCCAAGUAUUAGCGAUUUAGCUUCUUUAACAUUUCAAGCUAAAGCUAAGCAGAGCUAAUCAAUUUCAUUGGUUGAUGCUUUGGGACAAGAUAAUCUUGAUUCUAUCUGAUAGAGAGUGAUGAAACUUAGUGUGUAGUUUGAUUGCUCGAUACUUUUGAAAAAAGUAAAUGUGAGAUUAAUUGAUAUUAUGUGUCAUCUAUUUAUUUUGGGAUUUCCGCGGGGGACAUCGGCCUCACUAUUGGUUUGUUUAUUUUGUCAACAUAUAUCAUUGUAGAUAUUAAAUACACAUUACAUGUGACAUUUUACAUUUUAUAUACUUUUAACAUAGAAAUGGUAUUGAUCAAAAGUUACCUAUUGUGUGUGUGUAUGUAUGUAAAUUAGGAAUUAACUACUUGUAAAUGAUUAUGGUAUCACUUCGAGAACAAAUCUAUAUUUACUAUACAAAAUUAAGUGUUUGUUAAAAACAAAUGAAAAAAACAAUACAUUAUUUAGACAUAAAUUAAGUAAUUAAAGCAUGUAUGGAAGGGAAAUUAUCAAUUAUAAAUCAAAUACUAAAAUAAAAUAAAAUCAGGUGUGAUAAUAGAAAUUUGUUUUUAUACGCCCACAUUUUCAUGUGGACGUAUAUUGUCGUCGCCCCUGUCCAUCCGGACGUCCGUCCGUCUGUCCACAAUUGUUUGUGGACACUCUACAGGUCACAAUUCUUAUCGAUUUUGAUGAAACUUGAAAUAUAGGUUUAUCUCCAAAUAUUGGCAUGGAUCAGAUCGAAACCUCAUGGAUUAUGGCCCCUGAUUGUUUGAAAAAUCACGUUUUUAGCUUGUGGACCCUAUAGAGGUCACAAUUUUUAUACACCCACAUUUUUAUGUGGACGUAUUAUGCCGUCGCUCCUGUCUGACCGCACGUCCACAAUUGGCAUGUAUCGGAUCGAAACUUCAUGGAUUAUGGCCCCUGUUUGUACGAAAAAUCACGAUUUUAGCUUGUGGACCUUAUAGAGGUUUCCAAAUUUUUAUCCGAUUUUGUUAAAACUUGAAAUAAAGGUUUAUAACCUGAAGAUCUCGGUUCCUUUCGAUAUUCGCGCAUAUCGGACUGUAACUUUCUGAAUUAUGGCCCCUGAUUGUACGAAAAAUCGCGUUUUUAGCUUGUGGACCCAGGUCAUAAUUUUUAUCCGAUUUAAAAAAACGUAUUAUUAUAUCACCGUUGCGCCCUAAGGACGGUUGAGUUCGAAUUUCGUGAAAAUCGGCCCAAAACUGACAGACAAAAUGGCCGCGGUUCGUUCUCAAAUAGCGUAAGAAUAUGGUAUAUCAAGGUUGUGGACCCUAUAGAGGUCACAAUUUUUAUCCGAUUUUGUUGUAACUUGAAAUAUAAGUUUAUAACCCAAAGAUCUCAGUUCCUAUUAAUAUUUGCCCAUAUCGGACCGUAACUUCCUGAAUUAUGGCCCCUGAUUGUACGAAAAAUCAUGUUUUUAGCUUGUGGACCCUAUAGAGGUCAUAAUUUUUAUCCGAUUUAAAAAAACGUAUUAUUAUAUCACUGUUACACCCUAAGGACGACUGAGUUCGAAUUUCGUGAAAAUCGGCCCAAAAUUGACAGACAAAAUGGCUGCCGUUCGUUCUCAAAUAGCGUAAAAAUAUGGUAUAUCAAGGUUGUGGACCCUAUGGAGGUCACAAUUUUUAUCCGAUUUUGUUGAAACUUGAAAUAUAAGUUUAUAACACAAAGAUCUCAGUUCCUUUCGAUAUUUGCGCAUAUCGAAUUGUAAUUUCCUGAAUUAUGGCCCUUGAUUGUAGGAAAAAUCACUUUCUUAUUAGCAUGUUCUCUAUCCAUCUCUCGAAAAUGUGGGCGUAUCGUGCCUGGCAGCCACUGGUUUAAUUUCGAUUUCAUUUUUGAGCAAAUUCGAUUAAGAGGUGAAAAAAGGUGUAAAAUUGACCUAUUUACAACCCAUUCAGGCUUUUUAGAUUUUAAAAUAUUUCUACAUAACUUUUAUAAACUUAUAGCUAUUAUCCAUACGAUGAAAAUGUAUGGUAAAAUUAGUUUGUAAUAUGAGCAGUUACUGAGAAAUGGGCAAUUUUGCAUGAGUCCCUUUUUACGCUAUUUUGCCUGUAAAAGAGUCAAUUAUUAUUGGAUUUUCAUAUAGAAGUGACACCAUUUGAUGCGUAAUGUCAAUUUUGACAAGGUCAAACCAAUUUAACAGUUUAAAUGUCACCGGAAAUGACGUAGUUUGGGCAAAAACUGUAUUGAUAGCCUUCAAAACACAUAAUUUAUUCAUAUCAGUCGUAUUUGUUUAAAAUUUUGAUAUUUGAUUCCAGUCAACUAAUAGAAUGAACCCAUGCGAUCAUAUAGAUAACACAAAAUGGUUUCAAACUUGUUCAGGUGCGGAGAAAUAGGCGUUUUCCAACAGGUCACUUUUCAAGGUUUUUGGUCCAUAAAAGUGUCAAAUAUUAUUCAAUUUUCAUAAAAUUUCACUGUGUGAUACCUAAUGCCAUUUACGAUUUCAUACAUUUAAUAUAAAAUGUUCAUCACCGGAAGUACCCUCAUUUUGGCAAAAACUGUAUUUUUAGCCUCUAAAACAAAUACUUGUUUGAAGUAAGUGAUAUUCAUUAUUAGUAUAAAAUUAUGAUAUUUGAUUCCUAUGGACAAAUAGUAUUAAUCAAUACGAUCAUAUUGAUAUCACAACUAAUAGAAUGAACCCAUGCGAUCAUAUAGAUAACACAAAAUGGUUUCAAACUUGUUCAGGUGCGGAGAAAUAGGCGUUUUCCAACAGGUCACUUUUCAAGGUUUUUGGUCCAUAAAAGUGUCAAAUAUUAUUCAAUUUUCAUAAAAUUUCACUGUGUGAUACCUAAUGCCAUUUACGAUUUCAUACAUUUAAUAUAAAAUGUUCAUCACCGGAAGUACCCUCAUUUUGGCAAAAACUGUAUUUUUAGCCUCUAAAACAAAUACUUGUUUGAAGUAAGUGAUAUUCAUUAUUAGUAUAAAAUUAUGAUAUUUGAUUCCUAUGGACAAAUAGUAUUAAUCAAUACGAUCAUAUUGAUAUCACAAAAUUAUUUCUAGCAUCUUCCCUUGUCGAGAAAUAACCAAUUUUGUCAGGAUCACUUUUUAAGAUUUUUCACAUUUUAAUUUCAGUUUAUUGGUUCUGGGUUAAUUAUUUAUUGCCUGGUUUGUGUAAAAGAAAAGCCCAUAUGCUCCGUGGUGCAAAUUCUCGACUUUCUUCUACCGAUAAAAAUUUCUGUCGGCACCGGAAGUGACGUAAUUUUGCCCAAAACUUGAAUUUUGACGUGUCUAAAGGUCUUUUAAAAAGCAAAUAUUAAUGUUAACAAAUCGAAUAGAUCACGAUGAAUGCUCCUUCUAAUGACUCAAAAUUUAUCUAGCUUAUUUUUUUUUAUUUCGGUUUUGCGUUUGCACCAUUUUGAUUGAAAGGUGAAAAAGGGUGUAAAAAUGAACCUGUAGCAUUAAUCCAUACGAAGACAAUGUAUGUGAAAUUUAAUUUGUAAUAUGCACCGUUAUCGGGAAAUAGGCAAUUUUGCAUGCGUCACUUUUCAUGUUAUUUAGCCUGUGAACGAGGAAAUUAUCAUUCGAUUUUCAAUAUUCUUUUACCAUUUGAUGCCUAAUGCCAAUUUGGACUAGGUCAAACCAUUUUAACAUUUACACUGUCACCGGAAAUGACGUCUUUUGGGCAAAAACUGUAUUUUUAGCCUUCAAAACAUAUAUUUUAUUCAAAUGAGUCGUAUUUGUUUAAAAUUAUGAUAUUUGAUUCCAAUCAACAAAUAGAAUGAAACAAUACAAUUUUGUCAGGAUCACUUUUUAAGAUUUUUUUCGCAUUUUAAUUUCCCAUUAGAAAGUCAUCUAACUUAGCGGUAAGUUAGUAACAAAUUUUGUCAGGAUCACUGUUUUGACAGAUGUAACACAUGGUAACAAAUGUAUAAAUGAAAUUGAUAUUGCUGGGUGUGAUUGAUUCUGCGUCCAUUUUAUUACACGUCUGCAAUGUUUAUGUGGAAAUCUGUUUCGCGGUUCCAUUGGUACCGGAAGUGACAUAAGUUCAAGGGUAACGUGGCACCGAAAGUGACACAAGUUCAAGGGUAACGUGGCACUGGUGAAACCCAUCAUUACUGCAUCGCAGUUCUAGUAAGGUUUGUUAUUACAAACAAUUAUCCUAUUAGUGAAAGAUUGUAUUGUCAGAAUUGAAGUAUAUUGAAAUUGAUAUGAUUUUACUUACAUGUGUAUGUAUAAGUAGUAAGUUCAAAAUAGCUUGCCAUCUUUACCAUAAAAAAUAAUAAUGUUUGAAUAAACUAUCAUUUCAUUAAUUAACUGGUUACUGGUCAACAUAAAUGUCAUUGAUAACGUUAGCAAAAACUACUUAAUUUCCAAGCUCUGUCUUUGCAGAUAUAAGGAUCUCAAUGAAAUAAGGUGUAAUUAUAAUGGUAUUAAAUUUAACUUGUUAAGAGAAUAUGCCUGUCUAUUACUUAUAUUAUUGUAUAUAAGAAUAUUAUUGUAAAUGUUCAUUCCUUUUAUAAAACAUUGAAGUGAAUUAUGUACCAAAAAAGUGUCCUUAACAUUAAAUCACUGCUAGCAUUUU